AUGACGCGCAUAGCGUCGUUCGAGGACGACGACCUCCCGAACAUCGUCGACGACCGCGUCACGAUGUCGUCCUUGUCCUCCUCCGACGACGACGGCGUCGACCCCCCCGCGUCGCGCUCCUUCCACCUCGGGGACUUUUCCCGGAGCGCGGGCGCCGCCGUCCGCGUGCGCUUCGGCGGCGGCGGCGACGACGACGACGACGACGACGACGACGCGAGCUACGACGCGACGGACGACUCGCUCGAUCGCGCGCGCGUGACCAUGGGGAUCGAGGCGUUCGAGGACUACGACGACGAGAUGCGUCGCCUGACGGGGAUGACCUUGGACGCGGACGACGACGCGGACGACGACGACGACGCGUCGCGAGGCUCGGUGGACACCCUCCGCGCGGCCGCGGCGUCGCCGUCGCGCGCGUCGCGCGCGUCGUCGUCGUCGCCGUCGCCGCCGCGGUCGAUGAAGACGGUCGCGAGGCCGGCGCGAUCCGCGCUGCGCCUGGGGUUCUUCGGCGGCGGCGGCGGCGGCGGCAGCGACCGCGGCGACCGCGACCGCGGCGGCGGCGACCGCGGUCUCGAGAAGAGCGACGACGCGAGAAAUUUCCUCCGCGACGACGGCUCCCCCUACAAAUACGUCGCGCCGUACGACGCGCCGCGGUCGCCCGCGCGCGCGCGCGACGCGCCGUCCUCAUCCUCGUUCGCGGGGGCGUUGUCCUCCCCGUCGUCGACGUCGUCGUCGUCGUCCGCGUUGACGUCCUCCUGGGACGGCGUCGACGCCCUCGCUUUGCGCGAGCGGCUCAAGGACUUCAUUCGAGAGAAGGCGCCGGCGACGAGCGAAGCGGACGUCGAACGGCUCGCGCGGGAGGAGGAGGAAAAAUUCGCGCUGGAGUACGCGAUGAUUCGCGCGGAUGACGUGGACCUCGCGACGCGCAGGGACUUUUUCGAGAUGCGAAAGGACGACAUCACGGAGCGCGGGGGGUUUCUCGUGAACUUUCUGGCGCGUCGAGGGACAGACGUCAAGGACUUCAUCAACGAGGGAAAGCCGCUCCCGCCUCCGGACGUCAAAGUCGUGCGCGCGUUGGAAGCGCAGAGGGAGAGAGACCCGGAGAGCUCGCCGUACGGUCCCGAAGAUAACAUCUACGCGCACCAGCAGUUCGUCGCGUUCGUGGUGCGAUACGAUCACGCCGUGCAGUGCGAGGAAACGGCGCGGUGGGAAAAUGUCUUCACGUGGCAGACGACGGCGCCGUUUGAAUUCGACGACGACCGCGCGUUCUCCACGGACGCCGCGAUGGACGAAAUCAAAGAAGCCUCGACGCUCAAGGGAAUAUCGAUAUUGUGCCCGGACCAGGAUAAGAGAGUCUCGUUCGAUAGGAAAUUCCCGCGGGCGGACCCUCUCGGUCCCACGUUUCUCACGCCGAGGGGUCGAAGCGUUCACGAACGCGGCGAAGCCGUCGUGAACGCGCGGCGACGACGCGAGGUCCUCAGCCUCCGCGCGACGGCGUCACCGAAGGAGACGUGCGAGCGCCGCGUCUGCCGCGGGUGGAUCAAUCGGACGUGCGGCGGCAAGGACGCGCGCGGCCGCGCGUGUCUUCACGGGUCGCACCCUGGCUCGGCCGCGGACAGGCGAGCGACCGCGGCCGCGAGAGAGGAGGCGCGUUCGAUCCCGCGGCAGUUUCGAUCCCCGACCUCCACGACGCCUUUCAUCUCCAACCCGCCAACCGACGCGCCCCUCACAACGCCACCCCGUCGUCGGUUUGGUCCAGGGGGAAGUAGACCGCGGCGCGCGUACGCCGCGGCCGCUCCUCGCGCGCGGCGCGAUGAAGCCGUAUAUCCCUAG